AUGUUUUCAAGAAGAGUCGUUUAUAUUGAGUUAUUUACUAGUAUUCUGCUUUCGAGUUCCAUUUCUAAGGAGAUUAAUAGCAAAGGAAAAGUUAAAUGUUCAUCUGAAGGGAGAUGUAAAUGCAGACCGGAAGGUAAAUUUUAUAAAGCUUUCUGUUCCGAACUUGCCUUGCAAGAAAUCCCUCAGUUUUCAGAAAAUGUUAACUGGAUCGACUUGAGCAAAAAUAAAAUAUAUUUGAUCGAAAGAAUUCCGCAAAAUAUUGUUGUUCUGAACUUGACAGCAAACUGCAUAGAAAGUCUUCAGGGUCAUCCAUUUGAUGGUUUAACUAAACUAAAGAUUCUUAAAUUAGACUAUAAUAAUGGUAUCAAUUAUACAGAACAUAACUUUUAUCAAGGGAUUUUUGAAUCUUUGAAGUCAUUAGAGGAAUUGGAUAUUAAGAAUUCUCCAGCUUCAAUUGAAAAAUGGGAAUUUCCAAGUGUGGCUAUUUCAGAGCUAGCUUCUCUGAAAGUUUUAAAAAUCAAUGGACUUCCUGACAUGACAUUUCCAACAUUUUUUCGGACAUUAAAGAAAUUACAAUAUCUAGAUAUCUCAGGACGGACUGGCAGCUUUUGUUCGCUGAGGCAUGUUUCUAAUACCUUUUUUGAAAAUCUACCAGGUUUGAGGCAUAUUGAUAUAAGCUAUUGUCAUAUCCGUUACAUUGAAAAAGGAGUGUUUAAUAAACAUUCCAAUUUGUCCUUUCUUGAUAUAUCAAAUAACCGUGAGAUGGGAUUUACUGUUUUACAGAAUGUCACCGAUUCAUUCAACAUGACAAACAUCACGACUUUCAAAUUUGAUUCCAUUACCUGCACGACUGGAGUAGGAACAAUGCUAUCACAUUGUCAUCUGCAGAAUCUUUACAAUACAUCUAUCACAGAAUUUUCGAGCUCAUUUAACCGACUUGAACAAUUUCAACAAGGUGUUUUGAGAAGCCUUCCAAAGUCAAUUAAAACGUUAACUUUGAAGUUGAAUAGAUUGACACCAGGAAAGUAUUUAUAUGAAUUUAGCCAGCUAUCUGGUCUGGAGGUACUGGAUAUAUCUCAACAAUUCGGAGGAUUAACAUAUCCUACUGCUUGGGCAGAUCCGUGUAAAGAAAACGUGGAUUUUUCACUAGAAAAUGGGUGUACCGGUACUAUACUCUAUUCACAAAAAUUUGAAACCCUUCUUUAUAAUAUGGAUAGAUUAAAUUAUAUGAAGCAUGAUAGCCUGAUAGAAUCCAAACCAUAUAUAACAUUUUUUUUGCCUCCUAAAAUGAAUGAAGUUUUAAUGCACUCAAGUCAUCUUUAUGGAAAGGUGCGGAUGUUUGGAAUUCAUGCAGAAAAUUUAAAGAAAAUUCAUUUAUAUGACAAUGGCUUAUUAGAUUGGGAAGGAUCUGUGUUAGGAACAGAAAAUAUAACAUAUUUAGACAUUUCCAGUAACUAUUGUCAUAGAGUAACAAGUUAUUUUUUCAGUCAUUUGCAUUCCCUCAUUACUUUAAAUUUAUCAAACAAUAUCUUGGGACUGUCAUUUGCUGAUGACAAUGAGGGAAAUAUUUUCCAAAGCCAAGGAAAACUUGAAAUUCUGAAUAUUUCAAACAAUCAUAUUGAAUACCUUCCAUUUAAGUUCUUUAAACAUACAGUUCAAAUGAGAUCAUUAAUAAUUCAAAAUAAUAAACUCUCAGAUUUUCAUUUGCAAUUAAAUCAAAUGAGGAAUCUGAAAUUCUUAGGUUUGGCAAACAACAGGAUAAGCUCCUUAUCCCAUGCAUCUAUGGAAUCCUUUGAAAGAUUACUGGAUGAAAGACAAAAUUCAGUUACAAUUGAUAUUUCUGGAAAUGUUUUUACAUGCGUGUGCCAGUCCUUAAAAUUUUUAAAGUGGAUUGCUUUACACAAACAUACGUUCAAGAAUCUUGCAAAUUAUAAAUGUGUCGAAAGUGAUGUACCUUUUCAAUUUUCAAAAAUAGAUGAUUCAAUCGAAAAACUGACAAAAUACUGUUUAUCUUACCUUUCUAUAUAUUUGCCCACUACGAUUGCUUUAACACUAAUAAUUUGCAUUUUGGUUGGGGUUGGUGUAUACAAAAACAAGUGGACUUUGCGGUAUAUUAUAUAUAAAACGAAAAAGAAAUUUCGAAAUGGGGGAAAUCUCAUUGACAACAUUCAAUCAACUUUUCACUAUCAAUAUGAUGCAUAUAUUUCAUACUGUGGAAGUGAUAGAACUUUUGUCCUGUCUGAAAUGUAUCCAAGACUAGAGAAUUGUUGUGGAUUAAAGCUGCUGAUUCGUGACAAAGUUUUUCUACCUGGUGAGUCCAAAUCCACCUGCAUUAUGGAAGGUUUACAAGAAAGCUGUAAAGCCGUGUGUGUCGUUUCCAAGCGGUAUCUAUCUUCCAAGUGGCGGGAUUUUGAACUUAACAUGGCAAAAGUUGAAGGCAUCAAAGACAGAGGAAGUAUUCGAUUUGUUAUUCUCAUUUUAAUGCCCGAUGUCUACAAUGGAAUUUUUCCAAGCAAAGUAGUCGAUUUACUUAAACAGGAUUGCUUCCUGGAAUACCCAGAAAAUGAACGGGAUUAUGGAGAAUUCUGGGAAAAUUUAAUACGAAGAAUAUCUCAAAACAUUUACGACUCCUAAUGAUUAUUGACUGGAAUAAAAAUAACAGUCUUUACGAUGUUUCUCUUUUGUUUAUAUAUAAAGAAUG